GCCGUUCCGGCGGCGCUCGGGCCUGUCGAAGGCUCCGCCGGGCCGGAGGCAGCAGCGGGCUGGAGGCGAGCGGCGGCGGAUGGGGCCGGCGGAGAGUGCUUCGAGGAGGGUAAGCUGAAGAAGCAGGGGUGAACCUCUUUAAGAUGCAGAGCUGGUGCCUGGCUGUAGCAGAGAGGAGGCAGCGUUCCUGCCUGCAGCCACUGGCUCCUCACUUGCUUUUGGGAGUGUAAAUCAGGAUUAGCAUGCCCUGCUUGGAUCCAGGGCUCACCAUCAGCUGCUGGGUAGGAGAGAAACGAGUCCUGCCUCUCUCAGGCACUGGGAAGGGGAACAUAGCGUGCCACGCUAUUCCAGGCUGGAAGCCUACUGUGCUUUUCCUCCCCAGACUCCAAGAGACUGUCUUUUUUGGUGAAACAGACCCUGAUCUCGGGUUUCUUUGCUGCAUGCCCGCUCACCAGUGCUGGAUUAUGUUCGUCUCCUUCUCCCUUUGCUCCAUAAUUUGGUUGAAUCGUGGUUUCAAGCUGAGGAAAAGGGGCUGCACCUAAGCGCUCCUGGGCACCCAGACCAGGCUCCUGGGGUGCCAGUUCACACAGAGACAGUUCAGAGUGCUGAUGGGGGAGAGCUGCCUCUGAGGGCCCUCCUCUCCCACCUGGAACGUGCUGCCUCACCCUUCAGAGCCCUUCUCCCCUGGCAGAGAGGAUGGGCAGCACCGACGGCUUCCAGUACCGCGCGCUCUACCCCUACCGCAAGGAGCGUGAGGAGGACAUUGACCUGCUGCCCGGGGACAUCCUGGUCGUGAGCAAGGGGGCCCUGCAAGCCUUGGGCUUCAAAGAUGGAGAUGAGCAGACCCCCAAUCAGAUCGGGUGGAUCCUGGGCGUCAACGAGCGCACCAAGCAGAAGGGGGACUUCCCUGGCACCUACGUGGAGUACGUGGGGCCGGUGAAAAUCGCCGUCCCUUCACACCGGCCCCGAGUGCAGAGACCCCUGCCUGCCACACCGGGGGCCAGCGGCUGCCGGCUGCCCGAGGCUCUGGAGCAAGGGUCUCCUCUGCCGGACUUGCAGGAGCAGUUCAGCCCUCCCGAGAUUGCUCCGCCACUCCUGGUGAAGCUGGUGGAAGCUAUUGAGAAGAAAGGGCUGGACAGCGAGAUGUUGUACAGGACAUCUGGCUCCGAACUGAGGCAGGCGCUGAGAACCGAUUGGACCCUGGGUGACCUGGAGCCCCUGGACGUGCACUCCCUGGGCGAGGCACUGCGAGGUUACCUGCAGGACCUGCCCUCCCCCGUGGUGCCAGUGUCAGUGCAUGGAGAUAUCCUUCGCAUCCUGCAGGAGAUCCCCCAGCCAGAGAAUUGCCGGAAGCAGCUGCUGCUGGCCCUGGAGUCGCCUGCGGUCCCGCUCCAGAACACGCUCACCCUGCAGUUCCUGCUCCGGCAUCUGGGGAAGGUAUCGCAGCAGGCCGAGAGCAACAGCCUCCACCCUCGGGCCCUGGGAGAGAUCUUCGGCCCCCUUCUCCUCCGGCUGCCUGGCGCCAGCCCAGAGCUGAGCCCUGACUUCUCUGUGCUGUUUCUGGAGACACUUCUGCAGACGAAGGAGCUGGAGCCGGAACAGUUGCCUCCAGCCCUGCCUCCCAAACCGCCGAAGCCGAAGCCCAGCGCAGCCAGCCUGGCCAACGGGAACAACGCGCCCUUGCAGGACGCCGAGUGGUACUGGGGGGACAUUUCUCGGGAGGAGGUGAAUGAGAAGCUCCGGGACACACCAGACGGGACCUUCUUGGUGCGUGAUGCCUCCAGCAAGAUCCAGGGGGAAUACACACUCACUCUCAGGAAGGGAGGCAAUAACAAGCUGAUCAAGAUCUUCCAUCGGGAAGGCAAGUACGGCUUCUCGGAGCCCCUGACUUUUGGCUCGGUGGUGGAGCUCAUCACCCACUACCGGCACGAGUCACUCGCCCAGUACAACGCCAAGCUGGACACCAGGCUGCUCUACCCCAUCUCCAAGUACCAGCAGGACCAGGUGGUGAAGGAGGACAGCGUGGAAGCUGUGGGGGAGCAGCUGAAGGUUUAUCACCAGCAGUACCAGGACAAGAGCUGGGAGUACGACCUGCUGUAUGAGGAGUACACGCGUACGUCCCAGGAGCUGCAGAUGAAGAGGACAGCAAUCGAGGCCUUCAAUGAGACGAUCAAGAUCUUUGAGGAGCAGUGUCAGACACAGGAGAAGUGCAGCAAGGAGUACAUCGAGCGCUUCCGGAGGGAGGGCAAUGAGAAGGAGGUUCAACGGAUCCUCAUGAACUCGGAGAAGCUCAAGUCCCGCAUCACAGAGAUCCACGACAGCAAGAUGAAGCUGGAGCAGGACCUGAAGAAACAAGCAUCGGAGAACCGGGAGAUCGACAAGCGCAUGAACAGCCUCAAGCCAGACCUGAUGCAGCUGCGCAAGCUGCGGGACCAGUACUUGGUGUGGCUGACGCAGAAGGGUGCCCGGCAGAAGAAGAUCAACGAGUGGCUGGGCAUCAAGAACGAGACAGAGGACCAGUACUCCAUGAUGGAUGACGAGGAGGAGCUGCCCCACCACGAGGAGCGGACGUGGUACGUGGGGAAGAUCAACCGUGUGCAGGCAGAGGAGAUGCUGUGUGGGAAACGGGACGGCACCUUCCUGAUCCGUGAGAGCAGCCAGAAGGGGUGCUACGCCUGCUCCGUGGUGGUGGAUGGUGACACCAAGCACUGCGUGAUCUACAAGACAGCAACGGGCUAUGGGUUUGCUGAACCCUACAACCUCUACGCCUCCCUCAAGGACCUGGUCUUGCACUACAAGCACACGUCCCUGGUGCAGCACAAUGACUCCCUGAAUGUCACGCUGGCUCACCCGGUCCUUUCCCAGCCACCAGCCAGAUGAGCAGCCCAUGCAGAACACAACAGCUGCCUUCAGCUUCUCCCCAGGGCGCUGCUUUCUGGCUCUGGACUCUUGCACCCUGUAUAGUUGAGUCUCUGUGCUCCUGCUCCUUCAGAGCCUCUGAGAUGUCUGUGACCGUUUCUGAUGUCCCUCUUGGUCAGUAGCUGAAACCCGUGUUGGCUGAUGGGACAGAAAGGCUGGGCUGUAGAUUUGCAGUGGGCUCCAGCCUCUAGGAGGUGGGAUCCAGUUGUGAUUGAAUUGCUGGGGGUGAGCACAGCCCCCUCCCCUUCCCUGAUAAGCAGGUCAGGUCCCCUUCUUGCUGGCAGGUCGCCCCGCUACGCAUCACUGUAGAGCUUUGGUUCUUGAUUCCUCGGUGCUGUGACCGAGGGGUUCCCUGCCUGGACACCGGAGGAGGCAGAGGAGGAGGAGGCUCCACUGAGUGUGUGCAUCCUUCACUCUCGCUUCCCUCGGUGGCCUUGCAGGCUGUGAUGGUGUCUGGUACGAGGGGUGCUGCUCUUGCAUGCAGAGACACAUUUAAGAAGGAGAAACCUCAUCCUCAAUGGGGCUCCCUGGCCGAGAUCUUCGCUCUGUGCUGUGCCCCACCUGGCCACCAUUCCCUCUUGUCAUAACCACCUCUGGAGUGUUGCUGCCUGGGCAGGGAGGAUCUGCUUAGCCAUGAAUCUCCUGCCUUAGUUGUGCCAACAAAGCUGUGAAAUCGAUGUUGGUACCUGUGUUUUUCCUGGCAGGAUCUGUGGGAUGCACAGCUCGUUGUUUCUGGCCGGUUUCGGUGACUCUCUGCACACGUAACCCAUUGAAGCUGACUGUAGCUCUGUAAAUAUGGUUCUUUUUGUGA